CCUUUGUUCCUGCUCCUCCCGUGGCUCCAGUUCCCUCCCCGGCACCGAUGCCUCCUGUGCACCCACCUCCACCCAUGGAGGAUGAGCCCGUUUCGAAGAAGCUGAAGAGUGAGGACAGCCUCAUCCCAGAGGAGGAGUUCCUGCGCAGGAACAAGGGCCCAGUCACGGUCAAAGUCCAGGUUCCCAACAUGCAGGACAAGACGGAAUGGAAGCUGAACGGCCAAGUGCUGGUGUUCACCCUGCCCCUCUCAGACCAGGUGUCUGUUAUAAAGGUGAAGAUCCACGAGGCAACAGGGAUGCCGGCUGGGAAGCAGAAGCUGCAGUACGAGGGCAUCUUCAUCAAGGACUCGAACUCUCUGGCCUAUUACAACAUGACCAGUGGCUCCCUUAUCCACCUGGCCCUCAAGGAAAGAGGAGGCAGAAAGAAAUAGGAGCCAUGGAGCCCAGAGACAUAACAUGGCUGUGUCGUCACUCAUGUAACCCCAACCCUUUGAGUCUUCAGCCUUUUAGGGGCUACU